GUGCACGUGCCUACAGUUAAGUGUAUUGGUAAUUUUUCUAUGAAUGAGAUAGAAGAUUCUAGGACGGAUUAUAGACCUUCAGUCUAUUGCAUAACAUCCAAUUAUAUGAAUGAUUUCAUGGGUGAUGAUUCUCUGUAUGACAAGGUAGAUAUAUAUUCCUUCUAGAUGAGAGUAACGACCAACCUUAUAGGUGCAUUAAUGGCUUAAAAAUAUAUAGGUUAGAAGGACUGCUUGAAGUGGAAUAAUACUGAAGAUGGAGGUGGAAAUGAACAAGUGGGAAAUCAUUUAUGUUCCUGACAGCCCACCUCGUCUGAUAAACCAACAACCCACCGUUGAUGUGUUCGCUUCAUUGAUAGAGCCAAAGCUUGCCAACACUCUUGUGAGGCGGUUGAAUCAAAUCGCACCAUUGGAGAAUCUUCGCCAUGUGAAGCGGAUACGGAAGAAUUGCUUUGAAGGAGGAAAACCUCAGUUAUCUGUCAUCUUAUGUCUUGCACUUGAAAGUGAGAAUCAGUCUGCGACCAUACCAAAUGACAUACUUGAGCUAAUAAAUGCCUAUCAGUUGAGUCCUUUCAUUACAAAAGUAGCUAAAUAUGCUGCUUUGUCAAAGGAAGAAUGGGAAGAACAAAGCAAGCUCUGGCCUACAUCAUACCAUCCUCCAACCUACAAUAUUGAUGGCAUCACUGGAUUUAGUGAAGAGGACUCGCAAUCAAUCUUCAACUUCAUGAAAUUUGCGAUUGAACGUGCAAUAUCUGGCCCCUGUUGUGACCAGCAGGUAGUCAAUGCGGCAAUAAUAGUUGAUCCUUCAGUAAGGCAGGUAAUUGCAAAUGCAUGUGACCAAACAUGUGUAUGGGACAAUCCCACAGGCAAUACCUCCUUGGAAACUAGAUGUUGUGAACGGGUGGGAGAUUCUACUGUUCAUAAACCUGAUUCAAAUGGAGUGGUGAUCAGUGAACCUUCACUCUCAGCUUGCAUAGAUGAUGACAGUCAACUAUCAUAUACUGGUGUUUCUUGUCUAUAUCCUAGGAGAUGGACAGAGCAGCGACCAUGUGCUGGAAGUUCUCGUUACUGGCAUCCAUUACGACACGCGGCUCUUGUUGCUAUUGAAUAUGCUACUGAGAGGGAUAGGCGCCUAUUCCCUGGAUCAUACUCAGAAGGUCAACCUAUUCAAGGGGACGACAUGCAGUCUUCUUCCAUGAGCCUACCGGCAAAAAAACAAAAGACAAAAACUACAGAAGAUGAUAGUGACAUGGUCCUGAAAAAAUGUACUGAUAAUUUACCAUCUGAAGUAGUUCGGCCUUACCUUUGCACUGGUUUUGACAUCUACCUUGUUUGGGAGCCAUGUGCAAUGUGUGCCAUGGCACUUGUUCAUCAAAGAAUACGGCGUAUAUUCUAUGCUUUUCCAAAUCCAAAUGCUGGUGCUUUGGGUAGUGUCUAUAGAUUGCAAGGAGAGAAAAGCUUGAAUCAUCACUAUGCUGUUUUCAGAGUUUUGUUACCUGAAGAAAUCCUUUAUAAAAGAAUAUGAGUUAGUUUCCAAUAGACCCUAAUAUCAUCACCUGGUAAAAGGAUUGUAACCUCCAAAGUUCCAGAUACUGCUGCUCAAGAACUGGAUAAAUAAAUCUAUGGAGGAAUAACUUAUAGCAGAUAGUGGUUAUCAUUUAUUUAUUUUUUGAAGAA